UGACACUAUUGGCCCCAUUUGAGAUACUACUUUUGAUAAAUAUAAAAGAGUAUUCCAGUCACAAAAUCUUUAUUUCAGACUUCAUCUCAUAGCCUCUAAUUACUUCAAUUUAUUAAAUACAACCUUCAAAAUGAAGCUGAUCCUUCUCUUCUUCCUUCCAGCGGCUCUGGCUGCGAAUUGCUGGCCUCCUGCCCCGGGUGCCGGCGAUGCUGGUCGAUGCUACUGGGGUACAGCCGACUUUGCUUCUUGCACUUCAAGCGCACGAUGCACUGGCAAUGGAAACCAAUGCACUCUUAUUGGAGGCGGACUUGCAACCUGCACAUAAGGGGUUCAUGGGACACUGGCGAACUCAUCUCUGAUAUCAAAAUGGUAGCCUGUCAUAAUAGUAUUAAAUAGAUCAUCUCCCUUCGCUUAUAUAUCGAAAGCACAUCCCAUCUUGGUCACUGUCUGUCUCAUGUCCAAAUACACAUCCCUUACAUCUCAUGU